CUCAGUUUUUGAUAUAAGAUUCCGUAAGCCCUGUUUCCCGUUAUUCGAAUCCAGAUCCUUUUGAAAUUUGUUUGUGAAAUAAUCUCGAAUCAAUUCUACCUUCCCUGAUCUCACCGGUUUACAAGAAGCGCAAUGUGAAUUGGCUGAUUGGUCUUCCGAUUGCUGCUCGUAAAUCUUCUCCAAAGUUGUGGCUUCGCCAAUAAUUUUCCCGAUGAUUUUCCCCGCCGCAAACGAAUCUAGAAACCCACGCUCAAAGCCUUCUUGCAUCCUUGACUCCUUGAACUCGUCGUAAGCAUCAAGAAAUCCGACAUGUUUUAGUUCGUUGCGCUUUGCAUCAAUCUCAUGCUCAUUCAUGUUGCCAAAUUCACCGAUCCGUAGAGAACUACCGCGUUCGAAGUCAUCCUGGGAACCAAAGAACUCAUCCUCCCCGUGUGAGGUUUCAUUCUUCGAUACAUCCAUGCUAUGAUUCAGACAAAAGACAGUCUUCUUGAACGAGGAUUGUCAGCACAGUUGGCGGUUGUGUACAGAUUGUUGUCCAAUAUUUGAACGGUACCAUUACCCCUACGUACGAGUACGCUCGUACGGCACUGUAACUCGUACGUGCUCAGUGCUCAUACGGUUGCUUAUCCGGCGAACAGACAAUAGACCCAUCAGUCGAGAAGUUAUCUUGCAAGAUGAACUUUAUUCACUAGGUAAUCGGGAUUCAUAGUCCUCAUACUUACUCGUUAGCUGUACCGUUACCGGUACGUACGUACUCGUACGUACCAGUGGUCUGCAGUCUAUCUGCAGUCUGCAGUCACAUACAAGUCACAACCCUACCAGUAAUAUUAUUCUUAUUACUGUACCUAUGAUACCGGUACGUACAACAUCAGUGAGUGAACAGUGAACUGCACUUUUUCUUCAUCAUUUUCAGAGAAAAAAAUAACCACCAAUUCACAUCGAUUUGGAAGGCAACGACACAAAAUCGGAGACGACAGCUCCUUCAUCCGUGUCGUAGCAGCUGCUAUCUCGAUAACGCUCACUUUUCUCCAUUCAACAUACACCAUACGUGUCACUUUCAUCAGUUGGAACUACAGUAAUAGAUUUAGUUUGCAUCGGAACAUUGCGACCUCGCUCCUAUAAAAACACUGGUGAAAGCGGGAUCUGACCAUCAUCUCCAACGCCUCCAACUAUCUGCAUCAAAUAUCAGAAGGAUUGCCAAUUGGUGCCAUCCUUUUUCAUUGCACGAUUGGUGCCUUUCAUCAUAUAAUAGAAAUUAAGUUUCCCUUUUUGAAGAGUUAUGUGGGAAAUCGACUCGGUAUACCGAGACCCUUCCAUCCUGCGCGAUGGUAGGAGAGAAAAGGAAUCAAGAGAUGCAGCGUUGUCAUUUGUUGUCUCUGCGCACGCGUCAAUAGCUUCGUGUCUAGGGAACAAACCAUCGUUCCUUCCUUCCUUUCACGAAGGGGGCAACGGAUCUCGUGUUGCGUUGGCCGACUUUGCGUCGCGCUGUUUUCUUCGUUGUAAGCAGAAAAACGGUACAGCAGCAACCAUUAUCGUGAAUGAAAACGUCGAUGUUGAAUGCGGUCCGAACGAACACGUCUCAUUCCAUAUGGAAACACUUGACGAGGCUCUUCUCAACAGACGACAACGAAAAAAUACAAGGUCUAGGGUUUACCAUCCAUAUGUUGUCGAGCGCUCGGAUUUCUUUUGCCGCGAUGACAAGUUACAGGUCACCACACGAUUAAAAUUUAGUCAAAAAACGAACGACGAACUUUCAGAAGAACACGCCAAAGCUAUUGUUUUAAAGUCGGCUCAGUCAAUAUUUCAUAGGGUGUUUCCCAUAGAUGAUCCUGCAUUUGGUCAGAGCUUGUUACAGCACGUCGCGUGCGUUGUUCUCCAACAAAGACUGAGAUGUCAUUUGUCAUCUAUAGACGCCAUAGCAUUCAUCUGCGACGGUUCUAUUCUGCCUCGAAAAAGUGGUACAAGCGCCGCUCCAAUGGAAAGCCCUCCUGCUGUACCGUUCAAGGCUCCUGCUGAUAGCCGAAUGACAACAUCUAUCUCAAUUAAUAUGGGUUCCCUGAGAGAACACCUCCCUUCUUCCUUAAUGCAACGUGGGAAUGAAAGCAUGUCCACAGUUGUACUGUCGGGUCUUCUUGUCACGAAAGGUGUGACUUUGAUUUGUGGUGGAGGGUAUCAUGGUAAGUAUUUUAUAAAAUUAGACUCCAUAAAACUUGUUUUGCAAGUACGGGCAAACUCAUCACUCAUAUUCGUAUCAUAUUCAGGGAAAUCUACUCUGCUUCAAGCUAUAUCUGUGGGACAUUUCGAUAAGAUUCCCGGUGAUGGACGGGAGAUGUGUGUUAGUAUUUCGGAUGCUGUCUCUAUUAGAGCCGAGGAUGGACGAUACGUCAAUAAUUGGUACGUUCAAAUUUUAUCGUGUGUAAUAUUCGACUCAUGUAAGCGGGUGUUAUCUAACAAAGUCAGUCACGUUUGACAAUAAAUAGCAAUAUAAGCGCUUUCAUCUCCAACCUCCCAACACCACCUGGGGUGAAAGCGACUAUAGACACGGAACAUUUCUCAACUCGUGACUCUUCAGGAUCAACUUCACAGGCAGCAAACGUAGCAGAAGCUAUUGAAUUUGGCGCAAAGGCACUACUGGUCGACGAGGAUAUAAGGUGUGUUUAUCAGACAACUAAAUCGCUCAAAAAAUCAGACAGUGUUUGGUCGUCCUCAUGGUUUGAUUUCUGACGUUUGAAAACAUGCUUCCGUUUUCUUAUGUAUUGAUAUAUCGCUUUUAGUGCAGCUAACUUCAUGGCAAGAGAUGGUAGAAUGAGAGCCCUUGUGAUGGACGAGUCAAUAACCCCUCUCCUUUAUCGUGUAAAUGGGCUGUAUAACGCCCAUGGUAUUUCCUCCGUGGUAGUUGUGGGUGGUGUUGGUGAUUGGUUGGAUGUACCAAACAACGUCGUUUUACUAGAUAAAUAUGUUGUUUUUGAUGCAACAGCAAAGGCACAAUCGAUUAGUCGACAAUUUUCGUAUGGUCAUGUCGAGUAUGCGGGCCGGGGGGUUGUUCAUCGCCUACAGUGGGAAAAGAAGGGCACCCCAAAGCUACGUCGGCCAGCGGACGCAUUUUCGAAGCGCUUCGACUCAGACGUGGUUGUAUCCUUGCUCGAUGGAGGGUAUGCGCUCGCUUUGUACAAAGAACACGACGAGGAAUCCUCUAUCGACGACGAUGACGAAGCAGGUUGCAUCGACGCUUCGCGGCUUGAACAAUUGCUAGGUAAGAGACAACUGUUUGCAACCGGGCUUUGCGUUGCGUGGAUACUGCAAAAUUCUCCGAUGCACCCCAAUCUCGGCGUGAGGGAAUUGCUGAAAAUGCUUGAUUCAAAACUUGAAAAGGAAGGAAUAAAUCAAGUCGUCCAAGAAUUGAAAGAACGUGACCUUUCUCUGAUUUCGAAAUCAAUGGUUCAGGUUCUUGAAUCCGUUGGAUUUUUGGAACGGCCUCGAAGUUUCGAGAUAGGACAAGCACUCGCACGAGUGCAUGGUAUUCAAUUCGAAGACAUGCCAAUGGAAGACGAUCCAGCCGAGGAAGCUGCACGCUUAGAACAAGAAAAGAAAAAAAAAGCUCUAGCAGAAAUGUGGGCUAAACGGCGCUCAAAAUAAUCUGCAAUCUAAAGCAUCUCGACGUCAUUUAGCUGUUCCUUGUAGUUCUAGGUACUAUUAAUAGUAUUAUGCUGCUUAUCUUGGGCAAAGAUGUGCGUGAAGAAAACUGGAAUACUAUG